GUGGUUUAUCGUGUGCGGGGCAAAAUGGAGCUCGAGGCCAUGAGUAGGUACACCAGCCCGGUCAACCCGGCUGUCUUCCCACACCUGACUGUGGUACUUCUGGCCAUCGGCAUGUUCUUCACCGCCUGGUUCUUCGUUUACGAGGUCACCUCCACCAAGUACACACGUGACAUUUACAAAGAGCUCCUCAUCUCCUUGGUGGCGUCACUCUUCAUGGGCUUUGGAGUCCUCUUCCUGCUGCUCUGGGUUGGCAUCUACAUAUGAGUCCCCAAGGGUACCCACCAGGCAGCUUCACCAAG